ACUUCCUUUUCCGCUGUGCCCAAAUUGCGAUGAGGACCUAGGGUAACCUGGACCUCUAAAUAAUCCAGAUCCAUCCUUGUAAAAGGCUGAACCAAACGUCGCCAAAAUGACCGAGCAGAUGACAGUAAGGGGGACCCUGAAGGGGCACAAUGGUUGGGUCACCCAAAUUGCCACAACUCCACAGUUUCCAGAUAUGAUUCUGUCUGCGUCCCGAGACAAGUCUAUCAUUAUGUGGAAGCUGACCCGCGAUGAGACCAACUACGGCAUCCCCCAGCGUGCGUUGAAGGGUCACUCUCACUUUGUCAGUGAUGUUGUCAUCUCCUCUGAUGGACAGUUUGCCCUCUCCGGGUCUUGGGAUGGGACCCUCCGCUUGUGGGAUCUUACAACUGGCACCACCACCCGCCGUUUUGUUGGCCAUACCAAGGAUGUGCUGAGUGUGGCCUUCUCUGCUGAUAACCGCCAGAUUGUGUCUGGCUCCCGGGACAAGACCAUCAAGCUGUGGAAUACCCUGGGUGUUUGCAAAUACACCAUCCAGGAUGAGAGCCACUCUGAGUGGGUGUCCUGCGUCCGCUUCUCCCCCAACAGCAGCAACCCUAUUAUUGUCUCCUGUGGCUGGGACAAGAUGGUCAAGGUGUGGAACUUAGCAAACUGCAAGCUGAAGACCAACCACAUUGGCCACACUGGCUACCUGAACACAGUGACUGUGUCUCCCGAUGGCUCCCUGUGUGCAUCUGGUGGAAAGGACGGUCAGGCCAUGCUGUGGGACCUGAAUGAGGGCAAGCACCUGUACACCUUGGACAGUGGCGAUAACAUCAACGCUCUUUGCUUCAGUCCCAACCGUUAUUGGCUGUGCGCUGCCACUGGUCCCAGCAUCAAGAUUUGGGAUCUGGAGGGCAAGAUCAUUGUGGAUGAACUGAGACAGGAAGUGAUCAGCACCAAUAGCAAGGCUGAACCCCCACAAUGUACUUCCUUGGCCUGGUCUGCUGAUGGACAGACCCUGUUUGCUGGCUACACCGACAACCUGAUUAGAGUGUGGCAGGUCACCAUUGGAACCCGAUAAGAAGUUUUCAUGGUCACCAGUUGGACCUGAUAAGAACUUUUCUCAUGAAGCGUUUGAAUAAAAGUUAUAAAAAGUAGUGUGAACUCUUGGAUUAAACACUGCUGAUGGUG